CCUGCGCGGGCCCGGGCCCAUGGCGGCAUCCGCUGCUCUGUCCGCGGCGGCGGCGGCGGCCCUGUCAGGGCUGGCGGUGCGGCUGUCGCGCUCGGCGGCGGCCCGCGGCUCGUACGGCGCCUUCUGCAGGGGGCUCACGCGCACGCUGAUCACCUUCUUCGAUCUGGCCUGGCGGCUGCGCAUGAACUUCCCCUACUUCUACGUGGUGGCCUCGGUGAUGCUCAACGUCCGCCUGCAGGUGCGGAUCGAGUGAGCGCGCGCCGCCGCAGCC